CUAUUAUACACGAUGGCGGACGAACUUGUCAAAAUCGGAAUAGGGUAAAAUAUGGCAGAGAAAUUGCGCAUCAAUGUGGUUUGUUCAUCCAGAGACAAGCGAUUUCUGGUCCUGGCUGAGAAGGAAUGGACUCUAGCUGCUUUCAAAAGACACACAGAAGAUGUUUUUCACAAAUUAUACCCCAAUGAGCCAAAGCUAAAAAUCUCUGGCUUACAAAAUGAGUUUCAUUUUGAUAUGCCUCUGAUUUACAAAGUGGAUGAGACACUUGUUGAUGCAGGACUUGUGUUUAUUCUUGAGGAAGAAGUAAAUCUCAUGGCAUCAUUAAGCCACACUUCUUCCACUGAAACAAAUUCAUUGGAAUGUAAAUUCAAAGUCCUUGGUGACACAAGGAAACAUGAUGAGACUGCUCAGCAAAAAAGUCCACAAAAGAGACUGAAAGCUGUCAAGAAAACUUCAAAAAGGAAAAAGAUUCAUACCAGCACUAGGAAUAAAUUUGAAGAAAGUUCCCCUAAUAACAGGGUUACAUCAACGACCAGUCCAAUAGCUGUUGAGCUAGCAAGUCUUCUCCCCCAGAUAGUGGAAAAAAUAUCAGAAGAUUCAGAAGUGGACAUUGAGAGUGUGGAGGACUCAACAGCUCAGUUACAGGGAAAACCAGACAACACCUUGAGAAAAGAAGCAGCCACUACCAAGAAGAAAAGCCAGCUUCUUCUUCGCAAGGCCAGAAAAAUUAAAAGCAAGUCUGCGGUGAAAGAUAAUGGAACAUUACAAAACCCUGAAACGUAAAAAAAAGCCCUCAAGAUU